UUCAACUUUCUUACUGUGCUACAGUUUCAUUUACUGUGUCUUGUCAGGAUGACUCUCAACAACAUAAGAGUGUUAACUGUGGUGUGCUGGAUAAUGUGUGUGAGAAGCACUGUGUCUCAGGCUCCUACACUGAAGUUUUCAUACAGCGUGAAUCCAAAUAAAAUUGCUCUGAACACUCUAGUACAGUUUAGUUGUGACAUUCUGAGAUAUUCCCCGUAUCCCAUGACUGUGUCUAUUGGCAAACUGGAAAACUCCUCACAGACACCAGAGAGCACAGUAUCCUGGUUGACCUCGGAGGUCAUACAUUCAGGAAUAAUGUACUUCACAAUUCCUGCGGUCAGUCAAUAUGAAGGCAAGUUAGUCUGCUGGUACAAAUCCACCAAGACUUCACUGAAGAACCCAUAUUCUGAAUUCAGCAACCCUGUUGACUUCAUCGUAUCUACCCUCUCUCCUCCUAACAUCACCGUGAACCCCGAUUUCUUUCUUGAGGGUGGCAAUUACACUGUGUCCUGUAAUAUAACCCCAAACACAUUGACAAAUUUCACAAUGAGCCAGUUUUACCGCUUCCUCCCCUUCACCUCUGCAACCAACUGGACAUUGCUUGGUUCUGCGUUUCUCACAGACAUCAGUAGUACUUAUUCAAGUCAGAAAAAUAUAUUUGUCCCAGUAGAGUACGGCUGCUCUAUGGAAAUGGUGUACAAUGGAAAAGUCUUACACUCACCCCUGGCAACUAAACAAGCUAUCCCAGAAAGCCUUCCAGUUCAGCUGUGGGAGCAGGGGCGUGGAGGGACCUGUAUGGGAUAUCUGAAUAUAAUGCUGAAGUUCCAGUGGAGACCUGUUUGUCAGAAGCCAUUGGAAACUGAAGCUGUUUCUCAGGCUGCUGCCGCCACAGCUUCAGUGGUGUGCAGGGAUCUGGGAUGUGGGCAUGUGCUGAAUUGGCAAAGGCUUUCAGAUAGCACACGGCUGUUCACGAACACAAUUGGGGACAUCAAAUGCAGUGGAAAAGAAAAUAAGAUCAAAGACUGUUCAUUAAAUGUUACAGAAUCAUGCAAGGAGCAAGGCACUCUCUUUAUCGUUUGCUCAGAUGCAAUGCCCCGUCCAAAACUGUCUGUGUUUUCGCAUGGUCCUGUCUCCAAACUGUAUGUCACAGAAAAACAAGAUGUGGAACUCGUCUGCUCCAUCAACUCUACUCUUUUAAAAACACAAGACUAUGGGUACUACAUAUUUAGAAAGAAUGGUAAAUUCUUUAGGGAAAUCUACACCCAACCACAAUACUUAAAGUCUGUCACACUGUCUGCCCCAGUAGAAGGAGAGUAUGAAUGUGCAUUCCAGCUUGAUUCUUCAAAAAGCAAACAAGUGUCUCAACCCAGCAAUGCUGUCUUCAUUUACAUUUACAAUCCACCGGGUGUAAUGCCAAUUGUUGCAGGUGUUCUUACAACUUUAAUUGGGACAGCAAUUCUGGUGUACAUGUGUGUAUGCAGAACUGCAAAAAAAGAGGUACCAGCACAUCCCCAGGACCCAGAGACAGCACAGAUCAGUGAAAAUCCACAAAACAAUGGCAACUACUUACCACAGCAAAUGUAGGACAAAAGAAAAAAAUGUAUAACAAAAUAUAUUUAAAUACUCUCUUGACCAUGAAAUAUGAUACUUGAAUAAUGCUGAAAGAAUGUUAAGAGAUUAGUAUUUUGCAAAGGUUUUCAGGAAAGAUUAAUUAGAAGAAAAUAAUUGUGUGGGUGUGUACACACGUCAUAUGUUUGAUUCAGAUAAACCUAACUAUGUAGUGAUUGCUCUGCUGGUGUGUUUUUUUAACCACUGAAAAGGAUCAUGGUUUGACUUCAAGUAAAUUGAAAUAUGAAUGAGGUAUGGAUACUUAAGCAUAUAGUUUAAUUCAAGCAUGGGAAAGGCAAGAUAAAAUAAAAUAAAAACUGAUUUUUAUCUUUAUUUUUGUCUGUUUUGCAUUUUUAGUGUUGCUAUUAAAUGACAGAGUCACACUUUACAUUAUGGUUGUAUUAGUUAAUGUUAGUUAAAAUUAACAUUUACUAACAUGAACACGCAAUGGAUAAUGCAUUUUGGACCAGGUCCAGUAUUGUUCAUUGUAAAUUGUUCAUUGUUAGUUUUUGUUAAAUCACACUGCAAUAACAAACACAACUUUGAAUUUUAAUAAUGCAUUAAUAAAUGUGAAAAAAUUAAUUAAUAUAUGCUGUACAAAUACUGUUCAUUGUUAGACAAUGUUGGUAAAUACAUUAACUAAUGAAAGAUUGUAUUGUAAAGUGUGACUAAGAAUUCUUAUAAAA